AUAUGGGCGUCAGUUUCUUCGUUUAAGCAAGUUUAUUCCUAUACAUUCAAUUCUAAUAAUGGGAAGAAGUAAAUUACAAAUAUAUGGUCCAAAUGGUGAAAUUUAUCAACCUACAUUAAAACUUCAAUCAAAUACUAAUCCUGAAAAAGAUGCUGAAGAACUUUAUCAAGCAAUGAAAGGAUGGGGAACUGAUGAACAUCGUAUCAUUAAUGUUUUGGGUUAUCGUAAUUCUAUUCAACGAAUUCAAAUACGAGAAACAUUUAAAGCAAUGUAUGGAAAGGAUUUAAUAGAUGAAUUAUCUAGUGAAACAAGCGGUCAUUUUAAAAAACUACUUAAAAUGUUAUUAAGUGAUAUAGAUAUAGUGAAUGCACGUGCAUUAUAUAAAGCAAUUAAUGGUGCAGGUACUGAUGAAGAAACAAUUAUUGAAGUUUUAUGUACAUCAACUAAUACGGAAAUUGAAAAUAUUAAACAAGCAUAUCAAUAUGUUCUAAAGGAUUAUGGAAUCAGCGAUCCUAGAAGAACUUUAGAAAGUGAUGUUCAAAAUGAUUUAAGUGGACAUUUUCAACAUCUAGUCGUUGCAUUACUUCAAGCUAGUCGUGAUGAAAUUUCAUAUGAAGAUGUUGAAAAAAUUAGUACAAAAGGAUUAAAAAGUGUAGUAAAUAUAAAUCAAGUUGAACAAGAUGUUGAAACAUUAUGGGAUGCUGGUGAAGCACAUCUAGGAACUGAUGAAUCUGCUAUCAUUCGAAUUGUAACCGGUCGAAAUGUUUGGCAUUUACAAGAAGUUGCUCGUCUGUUUGAAAAGAAAUAUGAUAAAACAUUGGUCGAUUCAUUAGCGUCUGAAACAUCUGGAGAUUUUGAAAGUGCUCUUUUAUUAACCUGUAAGAUAAUCAUUGUAAUAUCCAGUGUUUAUUUCAAUGAAUCUAUCCAAUCCAUUAAUGUGUAACAGUAAUUCAUAACAAACAGAGAGAUGAUGAUGGCUAACAGUGGAAUCCAAGAUGUGCGUUUCAUCCUAUUUGAAACUCAUCGAUUGGAUAUAUUUGAAUCCUAUAGUUUGCGUUUACUUCAGGACUUGAAUCCAGUACCUUACUUUCCAAAUACCAUCAUGUUAUCCACUUAGCUAAUGAAUCUAGAUAGCCACUAGCUUAUAUAGUGAUUUGAAGUUGAAUUUAUCGUUGUAUUGGUUGUUUAAAUCUUCUCAUUGAUGUUUAAGUCUAAUUGUUUAUUAGUCUCUUAUUAGCAUAUUUGCAUUUUGUGCGAAUUACCUCGAUAUUACCUUAAUUCACAAGCAUUAUGAGCAGAGAUGGAUAGUGGCUGAUAGUGUAAUCCAGGACUCAUGUUUCGUUCCAUUUGAGACUCGUCGACUGAGUGUGCCUCCAUCUCAGAGUUGAUGUUCAUCCUGAGACUCGAAUCCAUCAGUGUUCGAUUCAAACACUAUCGUGUUAUCCACUUACAUAAUGAGUUCAGGUAGCCAUUUGUUUGUACAAUGUGGUGAAGUUUAAAUUCACUUGGUAUUGUUUACUUGUAUCUUCCCACUGUUAUGCAGGAGUUUAAUUGAUCAGUCUCUGGUUGGUAUAUGUGUAUCCUUGCCGACUGCCUCGAUAUUGCCCUACAUCACAACGUUUAUAAACAAAGAUGGAUAGUGUCAAGCAGUUAAAACCAUGAGUCUUCUGCUUUAAUCACCUCAAAGAGCAGUUUUCAUAUCCAGUUAACAAUUUAUACUGUCCAUAAAACACCCAGGUUGAAAUAGGUGAUUUUUUUAGCGAAUCAUUCUUGUCAUCAUUUAGCAUUGAGGUUUAAUUCACAAAAUUGUUUGAUCACUUCAGGAGAUUCACUUCAAAGAUAACCAGUAACGAAACUUUAUUCCUAUGCCAUUCGUUCACCUGUAUCCUGGAGCCUAUUUGUGCGAACUAUGGAUAGCCCAACUUCUUUUAGAUAAACCCUCACAUGAUCAACCAAAUACCUCUGCUACAUAAAAGAAGUGAGUAGAGGUUCCUGCUAGCGACUAUAAACUUGUAACCAUAGAAGAACAUUUCAAAUGGGACAAAUCUCUCCACUCACUCUCUCUGUAUUCUAGGGAUCAUUGAAACCAAGAGAAAUUAGACAAUGGUUCAAGGCUCUUCAAGAUAUUGAAUUAUACUAAAUCACCUACUUAACUAACGUUAAAGAAUUCAUAUCGUCAAGUAUUAACUUAAUGAUUGAAUUGAGACAUGCUUAUCCAUUAAUGUUGACAGAUAUAAGUAGUAUGUAACACCAAUCGGAAAUAGAAAACCUGACAUCAGAACUCUAAGAUGAUUGAAUUAAAGAAACACAGAAUAGGGAAAUAGAGAGGGAUUGUAAAAUGGAAUAAUCAAAGAGAAUGUGACGGACGAUUGAGGGAAGAUUUGCAAAUAAAGUAUUUAGUGUAUAGUUCUCAUAUUUGACCAAAAUAUUCUGUAGUUUUGUAUUACACUGUAAAUUGGUUUCCUCGCUCCCCCACCUCUCUGUAUUGUCGUUCAUUACACUAGUAAGGUGAUACAUACGUGAUAGAUUGAUCGAUGGUUGAGUAUCUGCUAUUGAAUAAGUAGAUCAUAUAUACAAUAAAGAUCGUUCAUUAUUUGUUCCGAGCUGACUGGCUUUCAAUCAUACUUUUAUUAUUGUCUUUGUCAAUUGUUCAUUUACGUCUUUAAUAUUUCUUUUGAAUAUAUAGUAAAUACUUGUUUAAAUCGUCCAAAAGCUUAUUCUGAUUUAUUGUUGAAAGCAAUGAAAGGUGCCGGUACCGAUGAUUGUACACUAAUGCGUAUUAUUGUGACAAGAAGUGAGGUAAGUAUUAAAAGUAAUGGAUUAAAUAUAACCUUGUAUGUGUUGUGAUGGACAAAGUUCGAAUCUGUAACCGGUAUACUAUGUGCUCUGUGCUAACUCCCUCAACUGACUAGUUGAUUGAGAACACAAGUGUGAGCGGAAAAGUAUAUUUGGCUACCAAAUAAAAUGCACAAAUACUCAUAUAUGUAUAUAUACAACUCUACCCAUCAGAAAAUCGAUCUAUUUCUUAGCCAGUAACAUUCAGUUUUCCUUCAGGUUAUCUCUCAUUGCCAUCGAAUGACCUCACUUGGCUACUUCUGAUUGACUCACCAUAACAGCAUGUUGUUGAACUACAAGGAAAAAGCCCUGGGUUCGAAUCCUGCCAGCGGAGUCAUGGAUGCGCACUGCUAAGGGGUCCUACAGUAAAACGAAACGGCCGUCCAGUACUUCCAAGUUUUCACUGGUGGUCUAACAUCAAUUGGUUCAUGAUCUC